AUGGAUCCCUUUUCAGCAGAGGGCGAGCUCCUCAACAUCCACAAUGCCUUCCACUCCGGCCAAUACCAAUUCGUGAUCGACUUCGACACCGCCGCCCUCUCCCCCGAAAACCAGCUCCCUGCCCGCGUGCUCAAGCUGCGCGCCCAGAUUGCCCAGGGACAGGCCGCCGAGGUUCUUUCCGCCAUCUCCAGCGAAGAGGAUACCCCCGAUCUCGCCGCCAUCAAGGCGUUAGCCCAGCAGGCUACGGGCAAAACCGACGCCGCUCUCCAGCUCGCACAUGAUCUUGCUGAGAAUUACCCGGAUAAUGCUACUGUUCAAUUCGUGUGUGCCACGGUGCUGCAGGCACAGGACCACAGUGAGGAGGCCCUUGCGCUGCUGGCAAAACACCAGGGUAGCCUUGAGGCAGUUGCCUUGAUCGUUCAAAUCCACCUCCAGCAGAACCGUACCGACCUCGCCUUGAAGGAGGUCCAGGCUGCCAAGCGCUGGGCGCAGGACUCGCUCCUCGUCAACAUUGCCGAGUCGUGGGUCGGAUUGAGAGUGGGUGGCGAAAAGUACCAGUCCGCCUUUUACGUCUACGAGGAACUCGCCUCCGCACCUACCACAUCCGCCCCUUUGUCAAUUGUCGGUCAGGCCGUCGCAGAACUUCACCUGGGCCGUCUACCUGAAGCUGAAGCUGCCCUGACCGCCGCUUUGGAGAAAUACCCCGAGGACGCCGAGUUGAUCGCCAAUUCUAUCGUAUUGAAUGUUUUGGCAGGCAAGCAAACCGCAGAUCUAGAGUCUCGGCUGCAGCAGACCCAUCCCUCGCAUGCCCUUCUCGCCGAUAUUCAGGAGAAGAGCGAGUUCUUCGACGCAGCGGCGUCCAAGUACGCGCCUAAGGUGUCGUCUUAG